CCGAUACAUUUGCCAUGUCGACAACCCCAUUGCCCGAUCAGCAGCAGGAGCAGCCAGAGGUCUAUCAGGAGGCCACUUCGAAUGGGAAUUACCAUGGUUCGGGUUCUGUGGGACCCUUUUUUGCUGUCCUUUCUGUUAUAAUAGUCUUGGCAGUGCUGUCGUGCAUGGUGGGUCGGGUCUGUGCGGCCCGGCUGGAGGGUCUGGACAGCAGGUAUGACUGUUUGGAAUGGGUGCGAAGGAGGUGCCGGCGUUGUAUCCCCAAUGACGUGGAAGUUGGUGCUAAGGCGGUUGAUUGUGCUGAUGGUAAUGGCAAAGCAAUAGAAAACGAGCAUCCUCCGGCCCCACCGGCUUGAUCACAGCAGUUUCUGUCGCUCUAUAAUAAGUCCCUUUUCUCAGUUUGGUUUGGGCUGCGGUUCCUGAAUGUGAUUAAUACAGGCGUGUUUGGAGCAUGAGGUUGGUCCAUUGAUUUCUUUUCUAUGCCAUGAAAAUCUACCAAAUGCCAUUCAUUUUAUGAUUA